GCACCCUCUCCGCACUUAAGGUUAACUCGGUACAGCACCCGAUGUAACGUCGUAAACUUGUAACGGCCGCUGCGAGCAGCCGGGAGGGACGCGUCGUGUAAAAACCGGCCUCCGUCCGUUCCCUUUUCGCUGUCUCCUACAUUAUGACGGCCCGAAUGCUGCGGGGAAUAUAAUAGGCGCCGCGACGACUCUCCGGCCAUGCGUCGUCAGCUUUACGACGGCGAAGAAGAAUUUGAGCCGAGAGUCGUACCGAAACCUGUAGCCAAGCACGAUUGCCUCGUAGCGCCGACUGUGCCAGAGGUCUCUUUGAUCUUCGAGAAGCCCGCCGAGGCCCAAGCAAGUCCCAAGGAUGCGGGGACGCUCGACUCUUACGCCGCUUGGAGGGAACAGAAUUAUUCGAGAGGGCCGAGUACCACGAGUACCACCGCGCGUGUUUCUAACUACAGUCGCGCGUUAGCUCUGCAAAAUGCCACUGUGCACAAGCGGCAGGAGCGAGCGGCGAGCGCUGACAACAAGCAGGAGCGAUCGCCGAAUGUUGGGAGGAACAGGAACGACAGAGCGUGCGAGAAAAGCGUCAAGUUUCACUGUUGCGAUACCGUCGCGGAGUCACCUCGACAGUCUUGUCAUCCCGACAAUCGGACUCGUUUCUCUCCGGACCAGAGGCACCCGGGAAUAUCUAACAGCAGCGAUACCGCUUGGGAUACUCUGAAGAAACCCCAACAUUUUCAGACUCCUCAGCCGUUUUAUGUGCCUAGCUACUCGAAUUGUACCGUAGACAACAACGAAACUGUGAAAACCUUAUUGCAGCUUGUAAAUAGUCAAAACGAGCAGAUCAAGAAUCUGCAGCUCCAGGUAGAUAGACUGGUGAGGCUGCAGGAAGAGAAUUACCGGAACAAACCAAUGUGCCUGUGCUCGCAGCCUCUUGCCAAUCAAGUGUUGAGGUCGUAUCCGAUGAACCAGAGCCGCGGUGUCAAGAGAAACGCGGUGGAGAAUAACGACGGUGAAAGUGGCAAAUUGGAAACGGCGUUGUUGGAGCAGCAACCGGCAAAGGCUUUUGUGGAGCAAAAGGUUUCGAUCGGCGUCAUGACGAGCUUCGAGUUCACUCUGCAAAACAGCCCGUUUCCGCUCGAUUCCGAAAUCGGUGAAAAGAAGGAGGCCCACCGAGAGGGUAACAAUGUUAACAGGGCGGGUGGAGCGAACGUAGCUGACGCGACGGAGCCCGCUAGUAGAUAUAAGAGUACAUUCGCGCGCAAGCCUGGGACAGCGCAGUUGGAGAAUAUAGUCGAAGAUUCGGAAAGUUACCUGUCCUCCAGCCAACAGCAGAGCAGUAAUUUCAACGCGAGCUCUUCCGCGAAAGAAUCCUCGAAAACUUAUCGACAUCCGUCUACUGAUCUCAAUCAGGGGGAGGGCACGCACAGAGGGAUGUAUCACGUAGACGAUAGAAGAGACGACGGUGCGCGGGAUGGGAAGAGGUUGCCGAGCGCAGACUGCGGUAACAAGGCGCUCGUUGAACAAAGCGACGAUUACGUUACGACGAUGGACGGGAAAAGGAGUUACGUCGAGCAACCUGUCUUUCUCAACGCGGACAGCUAUCGUAGGCAGACGGGUGAAGAAUAUCGUGCCAAUGUCGGACAGACCAGGGGCCGUGUAGGUGAUAGCAUCGUUCUCAGCGGAGCCGACCUCGAGAUCCUCGAGAGGCCACCGCCAACUCCGGAACCAAGUAUCCACGUUGAGAUGCAGGAAUACACGAGUGACGACGAGAGCGACAAGCUGAGGCAUACUCCCAAGAUAGGUUGGACCCUGUACAACAAUGUUCUGGGACAAGUCAAUGAAAUUUUACAGCACUCCGCCGUUGCGAGCGACAAGGAUUUAAAUUGCGCCGAAGCACGCAACGUCGAGGGAGAAGAAAACGAUACGGAAACUCGAGCGGCACUGAACACCGUUAAAGCAGCCACUUUGGAACAACUUCGGAGACUUGGGAUUAGUCUGACCGAGAAUAACGAGCAUAGGGAGGCCAGCAAGACGCUAGACUUCGACUCGUCCAUUUAUCCUCGUUUGGAUCAUCAGGCAAAUAUGACACACGCCACUAGUGGUGUAAACGAAACGAACACGAGUAUGCAUAUGAAAGCGUUGGCAUUAAAGUAUUUAAGCGACGAGCAACUGGCCGAUAUAGCGUGGCAGAAACAAGAGUCCUCCUCAUUGAAACAUGUUAUGCUGAGCAAUAUGCAAGGGACCAACAUGUCCUUGGCUACAAUGCGUUAUUUAGAAAGAUACCAACUUCUCCCAGGGAAGAAUAAUGCUCAAGCAGAGAAUGUUCAACAAAUGUACGACGAGGCCUCGUUUAAACCUGAUUUUAAAACGGCGGCUGCGCAGACCAACAACAAUCCUGCGCUACGUCGAUAUCCUCUCGUGCAAACGUCUGGGACCACUUGCCCUAGUAGAAUAUUGGAUCUAUCGACGUUGAAGCGACAGCCAAAAUUAUUAUAAAUCCUCGUUAUAUAUUUUUGUAAGUUUUAAUAAAAAUCUGCUCAGCGGA